AUGGAAGAGGCCCCAGAACUAUUGGUGAUAUAUCACACACUUAAUUUGUCUACUCUUAAAGCUGAUUUGGAGGGUAUCGCCGUGAACACGAAUCAGUCUUUGUUAGGUCAGUUACUGAUGCACGCCCACAAGGUGUUUGACAUAAUGUCUAUGUUAGCUUUUCACCUAGAUGAGACUAAUUUUGGCUACCUUUCAUGUCGAUAUGCACCAAAAGGACUCAAGAACAAGAUAAUUGAACUACAAGACUUGGAAUUUAGGUUCAGUUUUACUACUAAAUCAAUGUUUAUUUGUGAUGGCUGGUUAGCAGCUAUUCAACUUGUUAACAAGCUCAUCAAAGAUGGUUUGACAACCAAAGCAGGAACUCUAUUUGUCAUGUUAUUGAAGCUGGGAACACAAGUUCUUUGGGUAUCACAUCUGCAGCUUCAGCUGAAUCUUGAAAGUUCCAUGGUCUGUAAUCCAAGUGGUCUAGAUACUGAAGAACCACUACCAGUAGCAGUUUUCGACUUGACAACCUGUGAAUUGGGUUCUCUUAUAACCCACGUACUGAAGAACCACUCCCGAUCAGCAGCCUCCCCACCUCCUGCUAUUGGUUUACAAAAUCCUUACAAUCCACGUACUUCUCAUGUGAUUAGCAUGAUCACCAGAAAGGACUUGAUAUUUGAGGACUCAACAACACCUGAGUCUGAUCAAGGUCAGAUUGCUGCCCAAGAUACUGCAGAGACAUCUUAUGGUUUAGCUGUGGUGACAUUUGGUACUGCUGUUCCAGCUGGCCAAUUUGUUCCAGGUAUAAUGAUUGGAUCUACAUAUGGACACCUUGUUGGCAGGUUUGUUGUUAGACUCUAUGAAAAGCUCAACAUUGAAAAAGGAAUAUAUGCUUUGCUUGGAGCUGCCUCGUUUCUAGGAGGUUCAAUGAGAAUGGCAGUCUCACUUUGUGUUAUUAUGGUUGAAAUUACAAAUAAUUUAAAUCUCUUACCUCUUAUCAUGCUUUUUCUCCUCAUAUCAAAACCGCUAUUAUGGGGACUAACAGUCACAAUGGCUUCCCUGCACAGUCUUAGCGACUUUGUGAAGCCUGUUUCUAGUAAAGGACUAUCCAUAUCUGAUAUCCAUCUAACUCUAGAUGACGAGACUCAAGCAAAAGUAAACACAUAG